UUUUUCCGAAUAAAUCAUUUAGAAUUCCCCUGCUACGGCAUGAAUUUGUGACUUCCUCGUGGCAUUCAGCUCUCGCGCCUUUUCAACUCUACUCAGCUACUCCACACAGAUGGCAAAAUUUUAUGUAUAUUUUUCAGACUGAUUAUCUACCAUUUCAAUCUGUUGUUGAUGAACAUGAUGCAAAUUUAAGGGUGCAGCCUUUUGAAUGCUAUGCAGAAAAUAUGGAAGUUUUCAAAAGAACUGCUCAACUGAAUACAGGAGCCAAAAUUCCAUUGAUUGGGCUGGGGACUGUUGCUCUUGAUCAGAAUGAGGAGAAAAUUAAGGCAGCCGUGAUUACAGCUCUCCAGGUAGGUUAUCGACACUUCGACACAGCAAGCCUAUACAACUCAGAGAGUCCACUGGGAAAAGCUCUGAAUACGGCUUUUCAAAAUGGACUUGUUAAGAGGGAAGAUGUAUUUGUCACCACGAAACUAUGGAAUACCCAACAUGACGACCCCGUAACUGCAAUCAAGAAUAGUUUGGAGAAUUUACAACUGGAUUACGUUGAUCUGUACCUUAUCCACUGGCCCAUCAAACUAAGAAAAGAAGCUCCAUUGUCCGGAGCCCUUGACCGCAACCCUACCAAGUUGACAACAGAGGUGAAUCCAUAUUCUGGGCCUAAAGAAGAAGACUUUUUACCCUUAGAUUUGAAGUCUACUUGGCAGGGUAUGGAGCAGUGCUUGGAGAUGGGGCUUGCUAAAGCCAUUGGGGUUAGUAACUUUUCAUCUAAGAAGAUUGAAGACUUAUUGAGUCAUGCUAAGAUUCCUCCAGCAGUUGUUCAGGUAGAGAUGCAUCCACAAUGGCAGCAAAAGAAGUUGAGAGAUUAUUGCAGCAAGCAUAACAUUCAUGUGAGUGCAUGGUCUCCUUUGGGAGCUCCAAAUACUCCAUGGGGCUCAAAUCUGGUGAUGGGUGACCCCAUCAUUCAUGAAAUUUCUCUUAAGUAUGGAAAGACUAGAGCCCAGGUUAUGUUAAGGUGGGGGGUAGAACAGGGGGUGAGUGUGCUGCCCAAGAGCUAUAACACAGAUAGAAUAUUUUCCAAUUUUCAAAUAUUUGAUUGGUCUUUGACUCCGGAAGAUCAUGAUACGGUCGGCAUGCUCAAGCAGGCUAAGUUAUAUCGUGGGAAUGCUUUUGUUAAUAACACAACCAGCCCCUACAAGACUGUUGAAGAAUUAUGGGAUGGAGAGAUUUAAUCUUUAGAAGUUGAAAGUCACACAGACCAUUUGCUACUUGUAAGAACAGUCCUUUGUUUUAAGCUCUGGUGUGACAUAGAGUGAGGAUCUAAUAUGUUAUGGAGACAACAUUUAUUGAUGGUAACAAAGUUUUACGGAUGAAGGAAAUGUUGUUUUAUAUGCAUAAUAUGAUUUUUGGAUUUUGGUUUCAUCUCAGUAAUAUUGAAUCUCA